CUAGAAAAUACGCUGGAAAGUUGCAGUUCUCACCUGGCCGCCUUAAAAUACCGUAAUGGGAAAGAUGAGGAUCAAGGUCAGCAUCGCCUUGACCAUCGUGUUGGCCGUGGGCCAUCGAUCACGGGCCGGCGUGAUACCUCUGGAAGAAUCUUUCCACGAGCAACACGAACCAUCCGACGAAGCAACUCUGGGUCAACAGGGUCCGUUGGCCAGCUCGUACGUGCAGUUUCACGGCCCCGUCGAGGGCCCCGAGUUCGCAGUGAAAGUUCCAUACAUGGUGCAUCACGGUGACAGUAAUCAUUUGCACGGGCAAGAGCAACAGAACGGGUAUACGUUCGACUACGUGGCUCAUCCGAAGUACGAGUUCUCGUACGGCGUGGAGGAUGAGCAGAGUGGUGAUUUUCACUCGCAGAAAGAGUCGAGGGACGGAAGCAGCGUGUCCGGUCAGUACAGCGUGAAGGAACCAGGAGGCAGCAUCCGAGUCGUCAGCUACCGCGCCGACAAGAACGGAUUUCACGCUGUGGUGCACACUUCCGGCAAGAACGACCACUCCGUCGGUAUACACCACGGUCAAGGCCGGGCUAGGGGUCACGAGCACCAAGUUGCGAUGCAACAGGAACAACAAGAACAACAGGAACAACAGGCGCACGAUUACGCUUCGUAUACCGAGAACGACGGAUACUGAUGCAUUCGUGGAUGAUUAUGCAUUGUACUUCGUACCUGGACGCGAUAUCUUCGAGUUCACCGGUUCUCGCAUACCAAAGCCUUCCUACAGCGACUCGAGCACGAAGAUUAGCGUGAACAACGCGGAUAUUGUAAAUAUAGAUUAAUGGCUUUGAAUAAAAUCAUUGUUAUCGAUGCGGUUCGUUUCUCCCCCUUUCGAGGGUAGUUUUUCAAUUACGUCGAUUCUUAUCAACUUUGCUUCUCGAGCACCCUUCACGCGACGUCGGGGAACGAUUAUCACGUAUCAGUGGAAGAGUUGAUUAGGUUCUUCUUUGAUCAAAGGAACGCAAGGCCGCGUGGCAGAGAUAAAAUCUGACGUGGCCGGCUAUCAGAGAUCGCGGAAAAGAGGUCGUCGAUCGUCGAUGAUACGAAACUCGACCACGCCCGAGUAAAUCGUGACACGCGGAUGGGAGAUCGUUAAGGCUCUUCUGAUCAAUUUGACGCUAACGGAACGUCGUUAUCGCGAGUGGAUAAAGACAAAAGGAGAAAAGGAAGGCGAAACGGGACCAAGCUGGCGGGGGAGGAACGAAAGCGAAUAACAGGAGAAGAGAUAAAAGGGAUGCUCGGCCGCGCGCUAACAAUGCCUCGAAUGCAUGCCGACAGAGGAACAAGGAGGUGGGAACAAAAAGAACAACGGAACUGGCUAGAUGAUAAGAGCCGGUAAGAGAGGACAGUGUACACAAAUUACAUCGUUAAAUCGCUAAUGAUUCGAUGUGUUUGCGGAUAGAUAAUAACUCUAGUUAUUAUUAUAAACUAUCAUAGAAUGUAAACUCUGAUAACUCUCUGUAUUGUAUGCGAUUAUGAUUUUCGAUAAAAUAGUUACUCAGAAAUUAUCUCCGCUCUUUAGGAACAUUAUCGUUUCAGAACAACGUGGCUAAUCUUCUAUGCUAUCAUCAGUACCUCUCCAUUUAAUUAGAAAGGGCUUAUUAUCGGAAUAUCCAAACAUUUAUAAAAUAUGGAUUUCUAAUUUCUUAUUAUAAUAAACAUUUCUGUAUCGUAUAAUUUCAGAAAAUCUCUUACUAAUGUCCUGAAUCAUUAAUUACUCAUGAUAUAAAUAAAAUAAAAAAAUUAAAUAACGAAGGAAAUACGAUGUUCUUCAAU